GUUCAGGUGUUAGCUUGAUCUCGUGUUUCUACCGGUAGCUCGCGUCUGUCUGUGGUGUAAGCUUCAUGUGUUCACCUCUCCGUGUUGGCUAGCGAUUCUCCCAGUUUUAAAACCUGUACGUCUAGUCUAGCGUAUCGUUUUAAAUUAUGGUGUAUUGAUUGUAAAUAUACCGCUGUUUAUAUUUAUUUUUCUUUCAUGAUUUCUGUAUUAAGUGGAUGUUUGAAUGGAUUGUGAUCAUUCAUGUGGAUAAGUAGACGUGUACAUAAAUAUGGAUACAUACGAGCUGUGCUGUGGAUCUCCAACAGUUCGGACUGCACGGCCGUGGGAUCGAAACCCAGUUGGACGUAGUCGUGUCACAGACGAGCAGAUGAAUUUGGAUACGACGUUAAAGAUGGGGUGUAAAAGACAGAAGGUGGCGCAGUGGAUAGCACCGUGGCGGUGUGUGAUGUUGGUGUUGGCGGUGUUCGUACCCAGGACCCUAGCCUUUAACGUUGAUCUGAAGACGGCGCUGGUUCUAGAGGGGGCGAAAAACAGUUUUUUUGGAUACGCAGUGGCACAGCAUAAGGACCAGUCCACCAACUGGGUUUUGAUUGGUGCACCACGAACUCACGUGCCCGACCUAGGAGCGCGUGGAGUCAACAACAGCGGCGCCGUCUUCCGGUGUAAGACGGACACCAACAACUGCCACAGGAUACCUUUUGAUAAAGACGGGAACGAGCGAAAGUACAACCCCAUCAGGCGAGUGGACGAACAGCUGGAGGAGAAAUCUGACCAGUGGUUUGGUGCUACCCUCAAAAGUUCAGGGGAGAAUGGCUACAUCGCGGCGUGUGCCCCCAGGUACGUGUACUUCACUCAGAGCGCCGACAAACGUGAGCCGGUCGGGAUGUGUUUCCUGUCCAAGUCAAGCACCACCGUCUUCGAGAAGUACUCACCCUGCAAGAUAGUGGCUGACCAAUCGAUCAUCGUUGACCAAUAUCACCGUCAAGGUUACUGCCAAGUUGGUUUCUCAGCCAUUUUUUCCCAUGAUGGAAGAAAGCUAUUGAUCGGAGCACCUGGAAGUUAUUAUUGGCAAGGGCAGGUAUUUGAGUUCCAGACUGAUUCAGGGGGGAAAAACUACACCAGGACAGGAGAAGGCCAUGCAAAUAAGGAUGAUACAUACUUGGGAUAUGCCAGUGCUGUGUUGGAAAUGGAUGGAGAUUCAUCCACGUCAGAGUAUGUUGUUGGUGUACCCAAGGGAGAGUCCUAUCUUGGGAAGGUAGACCUGAUUGCAAGUAACAUGACAACUAUUGGCUUCAUAGCUGGGGAACAGCUUGGUUCAUACUUUGGUAGUGCCAUAGCAGUUGCUGAUUUGAAUGGUGACUGGUUGGAUGAUAUUAUUGUUGGUGCACCAUUGUUUGCGGAUGUAAAAGCAGAUGCCUUUGACACCGGCAGGGUUUAUAUUUACUACCAAAGUAGUGAUAGAAAAUUUCUCCCGUCAUCACCAUCGAAUGAUAUUUUAGAUGGGCACUCAAGUCAGUCUCGAUUUGGAAUGGCAUUAAGUGGUCUUAGUGAUAUUAAUCAUGAUGGAUAUGGAGAUCUUUGUAUUGGAGCACCAUACGCAGGAGAAGACAAACGAGGAGCCAUCUAUAUUUAUCACAGCUCUAAGAGGGGAAUCAUCAGUGAACCCUCUCAGAUAAUAUAUGCAAAAGAUUUGCCAAGCCCACUUUCAGCUUUUGGUAUAUCAAUAUCCAGUGGAUUAGACCAGGAUGACAAUGGAUAUCCUGACCUGCUUGUUGGUGCAUAUACAUCAGAUAAGGCUGUAUUCUUCAGGUCAAGGCCAAUUGUUCGUGUGACAGCAAGCCUUAAACUUGAUCCAGUUAAAAUAGACCUAGAACAACGAUCUUGUCGUUUGUCUGAUAGCACUGUAGUCACAUGUAUGACAAUUUACUAUUGUAUUGAGUAUGAAGGCAAUGGGACACCAGAUAUGUUGCGUUUUGAUUUAUCCUGGGUUUUAGAUGCUAAAGAUAACAGCAGCACUUCUAAGGAGCAAAGAGUAUUUCUAAUUAACAAGAACCACCAAUAUACACUUCAAACUCCAUCAGUAGUAGUUAAAAAAAAGAAAGGCCAAAAUGGUUCUCCUAUUGAAUCUUGUGCAACAAUAUUUGCCUAUGUUAAGAAUGAACCUGAUGACAAACUCAGCCAGAUAAGAGUUACAUUUAACUUCCAGCUAAGUGAGGACCUUACAUCUGCAGCGUCUAGUAAUACUCUGCUGCCAAUUUUAGAUGCUUAUAUUCCAACAAUGACAUCAGCAACUGCUGAAAUAAAAAAGGAUUGUGGUGAUGAUGAUGUAUGUAUACCUAAUCUAGCCCUGUCAGUAGUGAGGGUAUCAAAUGAGCACAUAAUUGGUACAACAGCAACACUUGAGAUUUUGGUCGAAGUUGACAAUAAAGGUGAAGACUCUUUUAAUACCAAGCUGUGGAUUGAUCUUCCACCUGGAGUGACAUAUGACAAAAUCUCUAACCAGAGAGCCAGUGUAUCUAUCAGCUGUGCACACAACCAAUCUUUAGUGGUUUGCAAUCUUGGGAACCCUUUACGAAAAAAUGCAAAGUCUGUUUUCACUCUCAUUCUGAUUCCUACCAACACAAAUGAAACCAGAGAACAGUUGAUAUUUUCUUUUCAUGCCAACAGCUCCAAUCAGGAAUUGUUUGAAAAUUAUAAAGAUAAUAGCGCAGUCGUUGAUAUUCCUGUCACUGCCUCGCCAGAUAUUGCAUUAUACGGUAAGCCGUCACCAGAGUUGAUUGUUUUAAAUACAACUGAAGAUAAAGGGGAAGAUAAGGGAAGAAUAGUCAGUCACUUAUUUCAGCUGUUCAACCAAGGUACUAGUGCUACCAAUGAAACAGAGCUGCAAAUUCUCUGGCCUAGCUUUGAUUAUCUAGGCAAUCCAGUUCUGGUUAUGGAUAGAAACCUGAAGAUUGAAGGCAAUGGAAAAUGCAGUAUUAUAAUCAUAACCCCAAACAAUGCAUCACUUUAUCCUGAUUGGGCUGGAGGCAGUAGUGCUGAUCAUAGAGAAGCUGAAUAUGUAAACAGAAAUCGAGAUUCACAACAAAUAGCGUGCAUACGUACAUAUUGUACCAUAAUCCAGUGCCUUGUUGGAUAUAUGUCCCCUCGAGCCAGUUUUAUAAUUACAAUCCAAUCUAAACUGAAUGUCAGAAAUUUCAUAGAGAGAAGAGAAGACACCCAGAUGUAUGACAUCACGUCUAAAGCAAAUGCUCGUGUACGCUCUAUUCCAUAUAACUUUAAAACUGUUGAUGCCAGUCGUUUUGAAAUUAAAAGAUUAGAGGUUAUUACUAAAGUGAAUACCGACCGUCUGAAGCCAGCAAGUAAAGGUGUUGAGAUGUGGAUCAUUGCAGUGGCUGUCACUAUAGGCCUUCUCAUGCUAUUUUUACUUAUAUUGUUGCUGUGGUGGUGUGGAUUUUUCAAGAGGAAGAAGCCAGAAGAAGAAGGUUAUUUUGUGGUCAAUGGAAAAUCUUCUGACAUUGAUAACAAAAUUGUUGACUAGAUACAAUUCAGAAACCUUAAAUUUGAAAAUAGUCUGACUUAGCUUUACAAAAUUUCUUGUAACAUAAAGGCUGAGUAUUGAAGAAACAUUUAUAAAUGAACCAAUACAAAUUUAAUCAUCGCCAACUUUAGUAAUGGCCUCAACUUAUGCUGGCUGGCUAAUUUCAAGACAAUAUUUUAAUUAACUAAUCCAAGCAUUAAUUGGCAUUUAGUUUGUUGGCGGCUUUUACAAUUUUGAGCAACAACUCUUAUACUUAAAUAAUUAUUUCAACAAAGAGAAGAAAAUUAUAAAUAACUCAAAGUGUUUUUGACAAAUGUCCUCAUAGUUUAAAAAAAAAAGCUUGGCCUACAACUUAUUCAGUAAAAUAUCUGGGUAUGUAACCUGAGUACUUGAUGACAUCUAGUAAAAUAUCUGGGUAUGUAACCUGAGUACUUGAUGACAUCUAGUAAAAUAUCUGGGUAUGUAACCUGAGUACUUGAUGACAUCUAGUCAAAUAUCUGGGUAUGUAACCUGAGUACUUGAUGACAUCUAGUAAAAUAUCUGGGUAUGUAACCUGAGUACUUGAUGACAUCUAGUCAAAUAUCUGGGUAUGUAACCUGAGUACUUGAUGACAUCUAGUAAAAUAUCUGGGUAUGUAACCUGAGUACUUGAUGUUGGUGUCAUGGCAUGUUGUGAUAAACUGUUUUAUGCUUUAUGAAGAGAAUGAAAGAAGAGUGGCUUGUCAUUUUAUUUAUGAUUCUUUGCUUUGAUUCACAUCAUCAUAAAACAUUUCAUUAAGAAAUUGAAUCCCUUGUUGGUCUGAUUUUGCUUUCAUCUAAAAAUAUUUACUGAGAAUUGAGACCCAUCCUUGGUCUGGAAGAUUCAGGUCUGAGGAUGAAACGUUUUAGCAGAAAUGGCGUCACUUCCUAGUCAUGAUGACAUGUUUUAUGCUGGUGUAUGUCUCAGCUAUGUGACAGUACAAGAUUUAGUUGAGCCUAGGUGAGCUUUUUGUUUGUUUGGACAUGCAGUUUGAUCAUAGAAGACAUGUACAAUUUGAGCAAUAUGUACCAUAUUUUAUGUUGAUUUACUAAUGUUGUGUAUAGAAGAAAAGUCUGCCUGUCGUGUGUUAUCUGUAUAAUAGUUGUGUGUCUUUAAAAAAUUAAAAUUCAUUAUUUCCAUUACCAUCGAAUCUUAUAUAUAGUUCAGUAAGCUUAUGAUAUAGUUUUGUUUAUUUAUCUACCCAUGUAAUCAAGCUUUUGUUUUUGGUUGUGACGAAGUCAUUCUUUUGUACCAAAUAUUGCUUCAUCUAAUUAAUAAAAAUGAAUCAAAUGAUGUAAAUAAACCUUUUUUAGGAUAUUUGUGAAGUAGUUCAUGACUUAGGUUCAUCUUAGUAAACUUGCUAGAGCUUAAGUCUUCUCAAGUUGUUUUUAACCAAUGCACACAAUAGAAGAUAAAGGUUCAACAAAGAAGAUUCUAACAAUUACUGAUAUUUCUUCAUCAGUGUCAUUUUGUGUGUGUUUAAAAUAAGGUUUCAUUAGCACUAAGAUAAGA